CGCACGGAAGUCGACGUUGCUGCUUGUUGAAAUGGCUACACGUGCAUCCAUCCCUUCUGGCGUUGAGAAGCAUCUUGAAUGCCCAAUAUGUGGUGACAGAUACAGACGGCCGAAAGUACUAAAUUGCUUGCACAGCUUCUGCGAGGAAUGUCUGGUGAAGUACCGUAAUGGUAGAUAUAAAUAUCAUCCCAAGAUCCCUUGCCCUGUGUGCCGUCAAGAGACAACACUGCCCAGGACAGGCAUAACAGGCCUUAAGACAAAUUUCCAUUUGGUUGGUUUGAUUGAGGAAUUUACUCCGCAAGAAAAAGCCGCAUACUCACUGGGCUCCAGGCUACUCUGCCAGACAUGCAAGGAGAACAACGAGGCUUCACACCACUGCAUUGACUGCGGGAAGAAUAUUUGCCUGAAAUGCUACGAAGACCAUUUCCGCUUCCCGGCGUUAUCUAGCCACGCAGUUGUAACACUAGAUGAGAUAUGCGGAGGUAAAGUGAAAGUGAUCAAACAACUCGAUGGGUACAAAUGCCACCAACACAACGACAGAGUGAAGCGGUUUUACUGCAAAACAUGCGAUGAGCUGAUCUGUCAGGGCUGUACAGUUGUUGAGCACGCUAAACCCAACCACGAUAUCACUGAUAGUAAGACAGCCGCUAAGAUUUUGAGGGAGUCACUAACAGAUAAGUUCCCUGCUUUCAAUAAAGACGUACAAGAUCUAGAAUAUCGUCUUUGGGAUGCAGCUAAAGCAAAGACAGCACUCAACAGUAACAAAGCCAAGGCGCAAAAGGAGGUGCAGGAAAGAGCUGCCGCGGUCAUAGCCAAAGUCAGAGCUGAAGAGAAACGGAUUCUUGGUGAGAUCACAACCCGGGUACAGGAGCAAAACGAACGACUGGAUGAGUAUGAGAAGACACUGAGCGACUUACUUCGGAGAAGGAAACACUCGCUGAAGUCGGCGCUAGACAUUGUCCAGAAUACGUCAGACUACGAUUUCCUAUCGCUGCACUCCGUAAUCAGUAACGACCUGGACGAACUCAGAGGUCAACAAACCCCCAAGAUUACGGGUCUGCAGUCAUAUCCCGUAUUUGUGCAGAGCAACAUGCUCGAUGUUGAUCUGGGCAAUGUGGUAAUGAGAGACACCUGGGAACUGUGUCUAACGUUUGGCCAACAAGGAAGUGGCGAUGGAGAGUUUCAAUCAGCCAGAAGUAUUGCUGCUGCUGCUGCUGAACCUGACGAGAUGGCCGUGGCUGACUGGAAGAACAAACGAGUUAUUAUCUGCAACAACCAGGGACCCACCGGGAAAUUCCUGGCGAUAAACGCAAAUGACGUCGUUGCUAUGACAAACCACUGGCUGUGUGCUAACAUCAGUAAGGUUCUCAUGUACCGUCGAGACGCAACGCUAGCCUGUGAGUUCUACACAGUCCCGGAGACGGAGGUUCAUGGUGAGAUAGAUGUGCAGCUUGUGAGUGUAGCCGUCAUGAAGAACGGUAACAUCCUUGUUGGGGAUAGAAAGAGGAAGGUGUUGACUGAGCACAAGCCCGAUGACGGUAAACUCAUACAAACCACACCAGUAAGGAUCGUACCUUAUUGGCUGGCUGUGAUGAGCAACGGCUGGAUCGUGAUCAGUGACCGGGACCAGGGACUAGUGGAGAUAAUGGAUGUUUCUGAUGGCAAUGCUAUCCCGAUUGCCACAAUUCAACCAACCAUCGACGGUCAACAAGUGAAACACUGCAGUGGUGUGGUGAGUACCAGCUCUGGCAUAUUCGUUGCAGCGUGUACAAGUUACACUAAAACCGGUCACAUUCAUCAUUACAAUUCCGUAGGUCAGUUUGUCGGCUGUGUGGCAAAGGGUCUGUACAACCCCUGUGGAAUCACACUCACAGCAGAUGGGCAGCAGCUGGCAGUAGCUGACUGGCACUCCGUCAAGAUAUAUCACAAGGUGUGAUGUCAUCCAGCGUGAUGCUGACUGGUAGUCCGUCAAGAUAUUGGAUUGUUCACCGUCCAAUAUGUAUGAGGACUGGUAGAUAGCUGCAGUUUAAUGUAUGCGAUUAGCCCUUUCAAUUUGGAUGCUGAAUUUUUAAAUUAUUGGCGCGCCAAUAGCAGUGCAGUAAAGUGAAUCAUCCUUGAUGGGCCUCUACCGGUCGCAGUGUGUUAUUUAAUGAUUGUUUAUGAAUAUCAUUGAUACAUUAGUUUACUUGCAACUUGUUUUUCGAACCAAAGGUUAUUUUGUAAAUCUUUACAUAAAUAGACAAUUCAAGGUCAAGUUAAUCUCUGUAAUUAAGAAGAGAAGGCAAAAAGUUCUCUGAGCUGCUGCUUGAUUUGUACAUUAAGCAGGUGUCGUUUCCCAAUCAGCAUAAAACUGGCAGACUUCUGUCGGCUUCAUUACCAGCUACCGGUCCUUAUAGUCGGAGGACGUCUGUAAGACGUAUGGAGAAAACGUUGGGGACGGUAACCAGUCGAUAAAAAUAUAUGAAAAGGAGUGAUGCUAGCCAGUGCGAUGCUGACGGGUACACCUAACUCUGAGCACCGCGUGAUGUGUUUGAUCUACGUUUGCAUUUUGAUAUAAAUUAGUUUGUUAUGUCAGUCUUUGAAACGUUACUAGGGUUUUCUUCACGUACCAUUAAAUUGUUUCAAUUUUAUUUUCCCCCGAAUCGACAAAUUAAAAUGAAUGCUUUAAUAUUGUUAUAUUCCGAGUGAUAAGAUGACGCAAAAAGGGGGCAAAUGUUGUUGUUUUUCUUCUGAAAAAACGGAAAUUGGUAAACUUAAUUUUUCUUUUAGUGGACUAGUCAAGACAUUUUAUAUUGGAAUUUCAGGCUGUUCAUAGUGAAGGACAGCAACACGUGGAAAGGCUUGCCGUAGCACCAUGCAAAGGAAUAUAUCUCUAUGAGUAUGUGUUGUCCUAAAAAAGAACUGGGAAUAUACUCAACGUUUCGGACUGCAUGCACAGUCCGUCGCCAGGAGUAUCCUGACGAAGGACUUAGCACGCAGUCCGAAACGUUGAGUAUACUCCUGGCUCUUUUUAGGACAUUUCAUAUUAUUAAUGCUACUGGAAGUAAAACAAUCGGGCCAUUGUGAUGAUUUUUUCAGGUUUUGGCUGAAGUGAAACGAAAUUAACGAGAACCUGUUUGGUUUUUCCUAUUAAAGCAAACGUUUUUUAAAGUAGCCUAUUUAAUUUAAUUUGUUUAAAUUGUUGCUGAGUUUAACAAUGAAUGAAGUCUUACUCUGUGACCUUUAAAACUGAAUAUUUCAUGGUUAAAAUGCAAAAUGUAAUGUUCUGGUUCUCCAUAUUUGUUUUCAGUAAAAUUUAGAAUCACUUUAACAGUUUGGAUAUUAUAGUAUGUCAUUUUAAUACAUUCUGAGGCAUCACAGUAAUUACAAACUUGUCCAUAUCAGCAGAAAAUAACGAAAACAGCAAAACACGACUUGAACUGUUGCAAUAUUCGGAGUUUAAAAGAGCUUUGACAAAUAAGAUAACCUUCAUUUACUGAUUUUCUAAAUUUUGUAGGCUAUCUAGCAGUUCUCUGGACAAACUGCCCGGUGCACAGUAUUGUUCAGGCUUGAAGCCACGCUGUGUAGAUGUAUUCCAACGUAAUUAUGUUAACAAAUAAGAAAAGAAAAACUUCACUGUCAUCAUACUGACAUAAAUAGCUAAAUAGAUACUAUUUCAGCUUGAUGUCGAGCCUAAAUACUUAACAUGGAAGCGUUGCGUUAGUUUAUUCCAUUUGUACAUGUGACCUGUUUGUCUCUUUGGUCACUGAAACCAGGGCCAGCCUAGUGGAUAUUGCAAACUAGUUUUGGGAUCACUUAUGGUGAACCAUGUCCAUGUGGAACAAACAGACCCUUUGCUUCAUGAACUCGUCAAAAGGCUGGAUGCACACCUGUCGUUGCAUGCAGGAAAGAUGUUGUUCAGCCGACCCUACUACCCAUCGCUGUUUACAAACGAGACUCCAUUUAUCCCCAGUGAAAUAAAAAAGGACGAAAAAAUACACAUUCUGUGUAUUUAUGACAAAAGCACGCAAUGUUAUGUAAUAAGUAAAUAUUUCAUAUAAGUCUUUACGUUUUUAUUUACAAAUUUUAGUAGACAUUUACAUUUGUGUAAAGCUGUAGUCAGGUUAGUUUCAAUGUAAUCUCAAUUCAGCUCCUAUGUAUGUUUCGAAGUAUAGCUUUUUAACUGAACUGAUGAAUAUAAACGUAGCCAUCAAUACUUCUCAGAUGAUAUUUCAAACGCCUGUGUUCUCCAAAUGAAAAAGAUAUCCCACUGUGAUCCAAGGACUUCGAUUCGUAAUCAUGUGAUUGCAACCUUAUUGUGACGGGAACGUGGCUUGGAGUCGAUCACUCCUUAAAAGUGAUAGGAUGCUGACAAAACUUGGAUUGUCUACUCCAGAGGAUAAUUUUAGUAUCAGAGAGCCAAUGCAGAAAAAAAAACCUGUAGGAGGAGACCCUCAAAUUACAACAGUAAUUACUCAUCUCUAUGUAUUGGGCUCUUAAAUAAAAGGCUGAUUAAGUUUAUAUAAAUGUAUAUUAAAAUAAUGUUCACACAGAAGUGAAUAAUUGGAAUAUUGCAAGCAGCAGAGACAUAAUAGAAUAAAUUCAAUCUUACCCCGAUGCAGAUAAAAAUAUAAUGUGCUACAAAUGAGUGCUCCCCUCUUCCAUGUGAGUCCUCCCAGAAUUGGCUACAAUAUGAACAAACGAGGCACAUACUGUACAUCACCAUACACACAUAAGAAUGGUGCAUUGAUCCUCAUAACACGCAGGGUGUUGUACAUGACACAUUUGAGUGCAUGGAGCUGGUAGUUAAGUAUAGCCUACGCAUACGACGACAAUGCCAUAAAGUGCUAACAUAAUGUGUGUGUGUACAUGUACGUACUAUACAAGUACAUGCAAAAAUUGAAAAGUUGCGUACAUGUAAAGUUCGAAAGGUCACGUAAAAAUUGCACACUAAGCACUCUAAAAUUACUUAAAAUCAACGAUAAAGACCCAAAGCAGGAUUCACUAUGACAUUAAGGGAUCGAUUCAUAUAUAUAUCUUUAGUUGGGAUUACCGGAAUAAGUGUCAAAAUGGCAUAUACAUUCGGACAACCGACAGUCCAGCCAGUGAAAUCGUUUUUAUAAAAAUUACAUUCGACCAUUAAUGAGCAUCUUGGUUGCAAGUAUCCUGCGAAUCAUCAAGGCAAGAGUUUCAGCAAUUUCUUCCAGAGUUUAUAAAGUGGACGUUCAAAAACUCUGAGAACAAUAUAAAGCUUUACAAAUUUGAACCACAAGUGGUAAAAAUCGCCACUCGACAAAUUUUAAGAGCCAAUAUUUCUUCCACCAAAAUAAGUCAGACUAGUUAUUUUCCAAGUCUUCUGACAGCGUCAGACUGAUUAUAACUUAAUGAAUACAGUAUAUGUAUAUUAUGCGUCCAAAAAGUAUCACAUAUGAAUUACUUCAUUAAACAAGCACACCUUUACUCGAAUAAAAAAAUCAACUGUGGGAUCUCCUACCCCAAUCGAGAUAUAAGAAAGAGCAACA